AUGGCGUCGCCGUCGUGGUGCUUCUCUCCCGUCACCGCAACCACCACCACCCCUACCCGCCGCUACUCUUUAACCUCUCAAACUCCUAAAUUCCCCAUCAACCAACUCCCCUCUUCUUCUUCUCGCUUUUCCACCACACCAUCUUCCCUUCGAUUUAGGGUUCCAUGCUCCAACAACAAAACCGAUCAAUCGACAGAAUCCACCGAACUCGAUUUUCUAAAUUGCGUUGGAACAGGUCAAGAUGUGGAGUGCUUCCUAACUGAAGAAGAAGAAAAUGGAAAAACUGACAAAAAAGACGAAUCAUUGUCGAAGACACUUUGUCUAGCGGAAGGGUUAUGGGAAGGUGCUGUUUUGAUAUCGCCGUUUUUCUUCUGGGGUACAGCCAUGGUGGCGAUGAAAGAAGUGCUGCCUAAAUACGGUCCUUUCUUCGUUUCGUCUUUUCGUCUCAUUCCAGCUGGGUUCCUUCUCGUCGCUUUCGCUGCUUCCAGAGGAAGGCCUUUCCCCUCUGGCUUUAAUGCAUGGCUUUCCAUUUCGCUCUUCGCCAUCAUCGAUGCUGCUUGCUUUCAGGGUUUUCUCGCAGAAGGGUUGCAGAAGACUUCAGCUGGAUUGGGUAGUGUUAUUAUUGAUUCACAACCUUUGACGGUGGCUGUACUUGCAGCUUUGUUAUUUGGUGAGUCCAUUGGAAUUGUUGGAGCUGCUGGGCUUAUACUUGGUGUCAUAGGACUUGUGUUACUCGAGUUACCCUCCCUAUCAGUUGAUGCGAGCAACUUCUCACUGUGGGAAAGUGGGGAGUUGUGGAUGCUUCUUGCAGCUCAGAGCAUGGCAGUUGGCACUGUAAUGGUUCGGUGGGUCACCAAGUACUCUGAUCCUAUCAUGGCAACUGGAUGGCAUAUGGUUAUUGGUGGUCUCCCCCUUGUUGCAUUCGCAAUUCUUAACAAUGACCCUGCUAUAAGUGGAACUCUAAAAGAGUACAGUUCAAAUGAUAUAUUGUCACUCCUCUACACGUCCAUUUUUGGAAGUGCUGUUAGCUAUGGUGUGUUCUUUUACAGUGCAACUAAAGGUAGCCUGACGAAGCUCAGUUCACUUACAUUUCUAACACCAAUGUUUGCCUCGAUUUUUGGGUUUCUGUAUCUAGGUGAAACCUUCUCACCUGUACAGCUAGUUGGGGCCAGUGUAACUGUAGCUGCAAUAUACAUGAUUAACUUCAGAAACGCUUCAGAAUGA